AUGAUAGUCGCGUUGGAUAAAAAUAGCUAUUUUGCUGAUAUGUCUAGUUUGUUAGCGGAUGAAGACACGUAUAAAGUAGUUAAUAAGAACCCGAUUAAUAAAUUGAUUAGCAGUUUACACGAACUGCUGGCGAGGUGGAGAGCUCGUGAUUAUAUUUCUGUUGCGAAGUAUAGAUCGUUGAAUUGUACAGACGGCGUUUUACCGAGAGCUUAUGGGCUGCCGAAAAUUCGUAAGAAAAAUAACCCGUUACGCUUAAUAGUCUCAUCUAAGAACACACCGCUUUAUGGUCUCGCUAAAUUUUUACAUGACAUCAUUUAUAAUUCUAUUCCGAGACCUGAUAGCCAAAUUAUUAAUAGUGCGCAGGUAGUCGAGAAACUUAAUGGCAAACGUAUUGUGGGCGAUACAAAAUUAAUUUCGUUAGAUGUCGUCUCACUAUUCACCAACAUACCUUUGGAUAUGGUCAUUAAUAGUUUGUCUGAUAGAUGGGACUAUAUAGGAAUUAAUUGCCGGAUACCUCGCGAUGAAUUUCUAUUGGCAGUUCGCCUUAUCUUGAAUUCUACUUUUUUUAUGUUUAAUGAUGUUUACUAUCAACAAACAUUUGGCACGCCCAUGGGCUCUCCUCUCUCCCCGAUUAUCGUUGAGAUCACGCUUCAAGAUUUGGAGUCAAGGGCUAUCGCGGCUCUACCUAUGGAUCUUCCCUUUUAUUUUAGAUUUGUUGACGACAUCGUGUUGGCGGCUCUCUCCUCGAUGCUCAAUAUUGUUUUGAACACUUUUAACUCGUUCCACACAAGGUUGCAAUUCACUGUUGAGGAGGGUGUCGACAACCGUUUGAAUUUUCUUGACAUCACAAUUAUUUUAGAGAAUGGAUAUAUUGAAUUUAAUUGGUUUCAUAAACCAACUUUCUCGGGAAGGUACCUCCACUUUGAGUCGCGACACCUCCUUUGCCAGAAAAAAGGCACAAUCAUCGGUCUAACAGAUAAAGUUUUUUGGCUUUCUCAUCCUAUGUUUCAUAAAGAAAAUCUCGAAAUUGUUGUCAACAUCCUUCUAAACAAUGGAUAUCCGCUCUCUCUUAUCUUUCGCACAAUUGCCGAUCGGCUUAAUAUCCUAUUUCAUAGACUUAAGAACAAACAUGACAACGCUUCGAAUGAUGUUGAGAGUGUGAUUGACGCUGAGGUUGGAGGAAGCAAGAUCACAUAUUUUAAUGUCCCAUACGUGAAGAACAUAUCAGAACGUUUCCGAUACUGCAUUAGAGAUCUUGAUGUUAGGCUUUCUUACACCGGAAUAAACAAUUUGCGCAGAUUCAUUAAAGUCGGCAAGGACGAUUUACGGAAGGAUUGGCGUAAUAAUAUAGUGUACAAAAUUAAUUGCACAGAUUGCGACGCCUCUUACGUGGGACAAACGGGUCGCCUGUUAAGGACGAGGAUCAAAGAACAUAGAAGGAAUCUUACGUCCGUCAUUGCCGAACAUAGAGCGCUUAAUCACACUUUCGAUUUCGACGAUGUUGAGAUUUUGGAUGAAGAAAUGCUUUUAGGAAAAAGACUAAUAUCCGAAAUGAUUCAUAUUAAGCGCCAAAAGAAAUCGUUGAACCUCCAAAGCGACACUUUAAAAUUGAAUACUUCGUGUCUGUCGAUUAUUGAAAACAUGCCAAAAAUGUAA